AGGUUUAUCGCAAAUACAAACCGCAAAGGAUCAUGGGGCUGCAAUCGGAGCAACAGCGCCAUCACACGGCAGUGGCAAAACAGCUUUUACACGGUCGUGCGGUGUGACGCGGUGUUUCUUGGCUGCUGAUUUUUAAUUUUCUGACGUUUUUCUUUCGAUGGGAGGUGGUGAUCAUUGUGCUGUUUUGGGUUGCAAUAAUGACCGACGGUAUCCAGAAAGAUAUGUCAUCAAAGAGCAUGUAAACACACUCAGGUUCCACUCGUGCAGGGAUAAGAAAUACUUCCCUCUCUGGACCCGACUGAUCCAACGGAUGGAUUUCAAAGUAAAGGCAUCGACUACAGUCUGCAGCAACCACUUUAAAUAUGGCCAGCCAUAUCCUGAUGAUCUCCACCCGUCUUUAUUUUUGAGAGGAUACAACCUUCCCGAGACACCAAAAAGGGCACCGGUGAAGAGGCGAGCAUUAGAUGUAACUACGCCUCAGCCUAAGAAAAUCAGAACUUUGCCGUACAGGUCAAUAGGUAUCCAGGUAAACCCCGAUGAUAUUGACGAUGUCAAAGCACUGGAGAAUGAUCACAACUACGCGAAUCUCCCUUUCCGUAACAGGCCCGUCAGUCCAGUAUAUGUAGCCCACCUAGAAGAGGAACUUGCUAAACUAACAGACAACUGUGGAGAACUUAAGCAAAAUCUUCUUGAAUCCAAGAGUAACAUUGACAAACUUAAACUUGAAGCCCAAGCUAAAACAAAACAGAGAUUUUCCAUCAGAGAUAUUUGCCACUCAAAUGAACUCAUUAAACUCUAUACUGGACUCCCCAGUUAUCAGCUUUUUGAAUGGCUUUUUGAAGAAAUUAAGCCACACACUAAGAACAUGCACUACUACAAGGGCAAAACAUCAGCUGAAGACAAAGCCUACCAGCUAAAGAACAAUGAUAAACCAGGGCGGAAGCGGUCACAAGCUUUAGAAGAUGAACUAUUCAUGACACUAAUGAAGCUUCGUCUUAAUCUCAGAGAAGAUGAUCUGGCCUUCCGAUUUGGAGUUUCUCAGAGCACCGUGUCUCAGGUUAUAUCGACCUGGCUCCCCUUCUUAGACAGAGAGCUUAAAGCAUUCAUAGACUGGCCUACUGAAGAAGACAUCUACAAAUACUACCCUCAAUGCUUCCACAAAUACAAGGGAACAGUGCGCUGCAUUAUAGACUGCACGGAGAUUCAGAUCGAGCGACCCUCCUUAGCGGCAUCCAAUUCACAAGUGUACAGCCAGUACAAGUCACGGCCAACAUUAAAGUGCCUUGUUGGAAUUACACCAGGGGGUACAAUCUCCUUCAUUUCUAAACCAACAGGAGGCAACACGUCAGACAAGAAGAUUGUCAAGAUGACAAACAUCAUAGAUCACCUUGAGCCCAAUGACAUUCUUAUGGCUGACCGGGGCUUCAACAUCCAGGAACUCUUGCUGCACAAGCAAGUCAAGCUUGUCAUUCCUCCUUUCAUGCGUACAACAACUAGUACAUCCCAGUUUACCGAGUCGGAGGAUACAAAGACCAAGACAGUUGCCAAUGCUCGUAUUCAUGUUGAGAGGGCGAUUGGAAGACUAAAGGAGUUUUCCAUACUACAAGGGCCAAUUCCACUAACUAUGAUUGAUCUCAUGGAAUCGGCCCUCGUAGUAUGUGCUGCUAUAGUCAACCUUCAGCCUGUUCUCGUCCCUCUGACUUCAUAGAAAACAAUGCAAAACUUAAGACUUCAAAGGAGUGAGAUUCAGUUCACCUUUUCUUAAGGUAUAUUUUGUUCAUUCUAUCUCAAGGGCUGUAUGCAAAACAAACCAAAUUACAAAUGGCAUUAAUCUACAUGAACGGUUUUCACUAAUGUUAAAUGAUAAUAGAAAUUAUAUCAUGUACAUGUAAUAACUUUUGCAGGUUCAUAAAAAUAAAAGACAUGUUUAAACGUACAUGUACUUGUAAAUAAAAUAUGGAACAAAGUUGCAUACAAUAUGGAUGUAGAAAAUGGCAAAUUUAAAUUAAGAAUUCAUGUUUUAUAAUAGCACAUUGUUUAGAAAUGCAUCUGUGUCUCUUGACAAGAGUUGGACUAGUAGUUAAAAAAAAAUGGCAAAUGUAAAAAACAAAACAAAACAAAACCUGCCAAAUGCAAGCACAGUCUUGUAACUAGAGUUGUAUGAACAGUUUUCCAAAAUAUCAGUGCAUUUGACCUAUGUCUCUUAAUAAAAAAAAAAAUAGCUGAGUCUCAGAACGACAGUUGGAAUAAAUAGGUGAAAGUAAAUUGGCAAAUAUGAGCUGUGUUUCUUCAUUAAACAGCUGGCAAUGGUGAGCAUAUUCUCGUAAAAAAAAAGAGUUUCCUAAAUAUAAUUUUAAAAAUUGGCAAAUGUGGGCUGUGUCUCUUGAAUAACUGGCGGCCCCGACAUUGGGACAAAUUUACUUGGAUGAAUACAAGAAAUCCUGUUGCAAAUAAAAAUAAUUUAUAAAAUACACAACUGUUAUUUACAUACAUGGCAUGUACCUUGUUCAUAUUAUUCAUGCACAUCUGAAGAUUAAACAUUAAAGUAAACCUAUGUUUUGUAAACUGUACAAUACUUGUAAACAUGCAUUAAAAUUAUACGAACACAUGUAUGCCUCUUUCCCAGUACACUUUCGGAUUGUACCUU